AUGGCGGCUUCACAAGGUACCAGUCAACCAUUCGAUCACGGGCCCAGGACACUUGGUGUUGCGGCAGACAACUGCACCGCCUGCUAUAGGCAUCUCGAAUACUCACCCCUUGGAGAGUCUGAAAUACGUCUCUUGAGCAUAUCUUCGGGCUCCUCUGAGAACGAUACGAAUUUCUCUCUUCAAACCUAUCGAUGCGACACUGAGUUUCGGUGUGAACAGGCGUAUACGGCGCUAUCUUACUGCUGGAGAGACGCUAGCGACACCGUGGCAAUCACUGUCAACGGUUCUGAGCUAGCAGUUACUCGCUCUCUGGGAGCUGCCCUCUCGGAACUACAACGGCGAGGAUACUCACAUGUCUGGAUUGAUGCAAUAUGCAUCGAUCAAAGUGACGAUGAUGAAAGAGGUCAUCAAAUUUUGAAAAUGAGAGAUAUCUACCGCAAUGCUAGCCAGACUGUUGUAUGGCUUGGGAUAGAGAAUGAGCACACUCAGGAAGCUAUUUCAAUUUGCAGUGUUCUGGCAACAGGAGCUCCUGAAGAUUUGUUCGCCACGAGAGUCAUGCAACUCUCUGAUCACCACGCAGAAGACCUAGCCGAUUCAGCUGAAUGGAAGUCGGUGGCUGCAUUAUUAGCCCUGCCAUACUGGUCGAGGACCUGGAUUAUUCAAGAAGUGGCAAUGUCUCCGACCAUAGUUCUUCUAUGGGGCUCUCAUGUGAUAGGUCUCGACCUCAUCAAAUUGUCCAUUAAAACUCUCGAGAAACACAACUUCGCCAUUCCGGGCUACUGGGCGGGGAUUGACCAUAUAUUUGGUCUUCUGGACGUUCGGCGUGCAUUAAGAGGAGGAGACAAUCGAGCCGCGGGAGACCUUUUUGAUGUACUUGAGCAUUCAUGUCUAUCAGAAGCAACUGAGCUUCACGAUAAAGUCUUUGGUGUUCUUGGACUAGCUCAUGACGGUUCCAUCACAAUACCUGCCCCAAAUUACGAGGAGCCCAUGGAUUCCAUAUUCCGAAGAAUCACCCUUAGAAAGUUGACAGGUGUUAACCAUGAGCAAGUUAUUGAUGUCAUUUGCUUAAAUGACUCCUGGGCUCCUAGACGAGACGACUUGCCGUCUUGGGUUUUUGACUGGAAGAGUCUCUGGGAUAUACACGGGCCCAAGUCCUAUGCGUCACGAAAGGAUCGCUCUCUCUCUCAUCCUUCAAGAACGCCGUACAAAGCGUGUGGACAGUCCUCUUCAUUUGUGGGAGUCUCUUCAGACGAAUUAACUCUAACCUGCCAUGGUUACAAAUUUGACAUGAUUUGCAGUCUUUCUUCGUUCAACAGAGUGAAGAAGAGGUACAGUCAGGCCAUAGGGGAAGCCUCAUCAAGAGUGGCUACUUGUGAACACGAAUUAUCGAUCAAUCAGAAUGUUUACGGAACCGAGUCUAAGCUUUUCAGAGCCAUCUGGCUGAGCGCUUAUCACAAUACUGUGGGGUACGGUAACGACGAAGUCCCUCUUUCCUUCUUCGAAACAUUCCAGGAAGUAAUUUCUGGCACCUUGCAAAAUAAUUCAAAGUUUUUUGAAGCGUGGUGGGAAGACUUGAAGACUACUGCCGAGUUUAAAAUAUACGGGAGAAAGUUGAAGCACUGGUUCUCGUCAUCUCAUACAGAUAUGAGUGAAUUGCAAAUGGUUGACGCUCCAGACUCAUCAAUAGUCAUACCCAUUCAAAAGAAUCAUGACUUCUGGUCUGCGUUUCAGAUUGGCUAUUUGGGCAGAAGAAUGAUGAUAACUGGCAAGGGAUAUGUCGGCCUCGCCCAUAGGCAGUCCAUGAUCGGAGACUUUAUCGUUCUAUUACGGGGUGCUUCGGUUCCUAUCGUUUUACGACCAUGCGAGGGUGGCUAUCGGGUCAUUGGAGAAGUAUAUGUACAUGGGAUCAUGAAUGGAGAAUUCUGGGAGGCUCAAGAUGAGUCGACCAUGCAGACUUUUGAUCUCAAAUGA